AUGUUGGCCCGUAACUCUAUUAGAACUACUCAACGUAUCCCAGCCGUGGGCCGUUACAACUCCAAGGUCCAAGGUGCCGUUAUCGGUAUCGAUUUGGGUACCACCAACUCCGCCGUUGCCAUCAUGGAGGGUAAGGUCCCAAAGAUCAUUGAAAACGCCGAAGGUGCCCGUACCACUCCAUCUGUUGUUGCCUUCACCAAGGAUGGUGAACGCUUGGUUGGUAUCCCAGCCAAGCGUCAGGCUGUCGUUAACCCAGAAAACACCUUGUUCGCCACCAAGCGUUUGAUCGGUCGCCGCUUCGAUGACCACGAGGUCCAGAAGGACAUCAAGCAGGUCCCAUACAAGAUCGUGAAGCACAGCAACGGUGACGCCUGGUUGGAGGCCCGUGGUGAGAAAUACUCCCCAUCGCAGAUCGGUGGCUUCGUCCUCAACAAGAUGAAGGAAACCGCUGAGGCUUACUUGUCCAAGACCGUUACCAACGCCGUUGUUACGGUUCCAGCUUACUUCAACGAUGCCCAGAGACAGGCCACCAAGGACGCCGGUCAGAUCGUCGGGUUGAACGUUUUGCGUGUGGUCAACGAGCCAACCGCCGCCGCUUUGGCUUACGGUUUGGAAAAGGCCGACGCCUCUGUCGUUGCCGUCUUCGACUUGGGUGGUGGUACCUUCGAUAUCUCCAUCUUGGACAUCGACAACGGUGUCUUCGAGGUCAAGUCCACCAACGGUGACACCCACUUGGGUGGUGAGGAUUUCGACAUUGUCCUCGUCAGAUACUUGGUCGAGCUUUUCCAAAAGGAAACCGGCAUCAACUUGGAGGGUGACCGUAUGGCCAUCCAGCGUAUCAGAGAAGCCGCCGAGAAGGCCAAGAUCGAGUUGUCUUCCACUAUUGCCACCGAGAUCAACUUGCCAUUCAUCACCGCCGACGCCUCCGGUCCAAAGCACAUCAACAUCAAGCUCACCAGAGCCCAGUUCGAGUCUCUCGUCGAGCCAUUGAUCAAGAAGUCUGUCGAGCCAGUCAAGAAGGCCUUGAAGGAUGCCGGUUUGGCCACCUCCGAAAUCUCCGAGGUCAUCUUGGUCGGUGGUAUGACCAGAAUGCCAAAGGUUGUCGAAACCGUCAAGGCCUUGUUCGGUAGGGAACCAUCCAAGGCUGUCAACCCAGAUGAGGCCGUUGCCAUUGGUGCCGCGAUCCAGGGUGCCGUCUUGUCCGGUGAGGUCAAGGACGUCUUGUUGUUGGAUGUUACCCCGUUGUCUCUCGGUAUUGAGACCUUGGGUGGUGUCUUCACCAGAUUGAUCCCAAGAAACACCACCAUUCCAACCAAGAAGUCCCAGGUCUUCUCCACUGCCGCCGCCGGCCAGACCUCUGUCGAAAUCAGAGUCUUCCAGGGCGAACGUGAAUUGACCCGUGACAACAAGUUGAUUGGUAACUUCACCUUGUCUGGGAUUCCACCAGCUCCAAAGGGGGUUCCACAAAUCGAGGUCUCCUUUGACAUUGACGCCGAUGGUAUCAUCAACGUCUCUGCCAGAGACAAGGGUACCAACAAGGAUGCGUCCAUCACCGUUGCCGGCUCUUCCGGUUUGUCCGACGCCGAAAUCGAAAAGAUGGUUUCCGACGCUGAGAAGUUCGCUGACUCCGACAAGGCCAGAAGAGAGGCUGUCGAAAACUCUAACAAGGCUGACCAGCUCUGUAACGACACCGAGGCCUCCUUGAAGGAGUUCUCCGAAAAGGUUGACAAGGUGCAGGCCGAUGCUGUCACCAAGCAGAUUGCUGAAUUGAGAGAAUUGGUUGCCAAGGCUCAGUCCGGUGAAGAAGUUGACCCAGCUGAGUUGAAGACCAAGACCGAGGAGUUGCAAAACGCCUCCAUGAAGGUCUUUGAACAGAUGUACAAGAACAACGCUGAGUCUUCCGAAGAGCCAAAGAACUAA